AACACACUUUUCUCCUUUCUCUCUAACAUAGCGCCGACCCAUGCUCAAAAACGUUCCAUCUGCAAUACAUAACACUGAGGUCCAGGGCUAAAACAUUGCAUUUACAACUGUUGCAUGCAUAACCGAUAGGACCUUGUGACUUUGUGAGCUCUGACUGUUGCAAAUAGACCUGUUUUACUCUGGUUUAGAUAAAAGGUUGUGUUGAUCUAAAAACUUGUGAACCUUGUCUUGUGCUCUUUUACUUUCGCGUUGACAACCAGGCCAACGUAUUUUUUUCUGACCAUAUGUUCUGAAAAAGCCGCCGAGGUGUUUGAGCUCCAAUACUAUCGUGAGCUUAUUGACAACUAGGGGAAACGAGAUGCAACAGCAAACUGAUACAUUUCAAGGCCUUAAGUCAGGGGACAAGAGUCGAAACCCGCACACACGCUAAUACUUACGCCAAAAAGUGAACACAACUUCAUUUGGCCCUUGCUCAUUGGCUGAAUAUUUCAUGUCAUACGUUGAACAUAAGCUUUCUGUGCCGCGUCGAAGCACAUUUGGAUGACUACCAGCAACAGUUAUUUAUCGUUUAGUCACUAUUUACUUGUGUGGUUUUUUUCUGGUUUAGUCACUUCUAACCGUGCGUCCGGUGAAAAGGAUUAUUUCGACUAUCAUUGCAAUUUCAGUGGGCUGACUACUGGAUUGCCAAAAAAGACCCCCGACUUGUCCACCUCAGAUUUUCGCUAGUGUAAAACGAUCUGAGGAAUACGCAGAAAGAGAGAAAGGGAGAGAAAAAGAAAGAAAGAGAUAGAGAAAAAGAGAGAAAGAGAGAGAGAAAUAGAGAAAUAGAGAGAGAGGUAUAACCACAAAGCCAUGGAACAGCACACGUGCUUUUCUGUGAUUAUUCUGGGAGUUCUGUGUCUCGCGACCAGUGUGACGUCACAAUGUAAUCAGGGCAAGGCCGAGGUGUGCAUCACUCAGAUGGAAGACGUCAUCACAACUGUCCUGGAGACCACAGCUGGUGUAGAUCGUAACACGAAAUUGCAGCAGCUGUGCCUUGACGUGAUCAAGGGGAAUAACUUGACCCAGUGCUUCAUCGACGCCACGCGCACAUGUCCGGAAUCCUCCAGGACGUCAGGUCAAGGGGACGCCAUCAAGAGAUGGGAAACCGUCAUGCAGGACCUGUAUGGACUUUGUGACGGAGCAUGCCCGAACUUUCUCGAGAGGACUGUCAACAUUACACAAUGUACAGGGAUUAUACGAUUUGAUGCUCUAUAUGACUCGUCUUACCACCUGUUUUGUCAAUCUCUCAACGAAAGUCUCCAGUGUGUGUCAGAAGUAUCUGACCGCUGUCCUCAGUUUGGAAACCUCUUCUACGACUUGCUCCCUGAAGGCAUGGACCAUACCGCCUCGACCUUGUGUACUGGAGGUUGUGACAAAUUUGAUGAUGCUCUAGAUAAUCUAGAAGCCUGCAAGAGAUACGUCACAGAUCUUCCAGAAGACUUCAGCGAGGCGUGUGUGUCGUACGAACAGUUCAAGACGUGUAUCCGUAUGUCGGAGGCGCCCAUCACCUGUCCUAUGUUCGGCUCCCUCAUGGAGGUCCUGUACCCUCAGCACAUCUUUGGUCUCUACGACAAGAACUGUAACAGGACGGACACAGAUGACAAGUGUGGAGACAUUGGUGUUGCCAGAAUCGAUCACUGUUUGAGGAUUUUCGCCCUCUCCUGGCCGUCUGGGGAAGAAGAAGAGGAAGAGCCGAUCCCCACCAAACAACAGUGCAGUGAUUUCCAGACAGCCACUCGAUGUUUAGAACGAGCUGGCUUCGCGGAGUGCGGAGCUCUGAGAGAGUAUCUGGGGCAGAAGUUACAAGGGAGACAAACAGAUAAACUAAUGAUGGAGGAAAAAUGUCCCAAUCUUCUGGGAAAUCCUUCCUCGGCCUCCUCCACCAGCUCGAUGUUUAUCCUGACCUUGAUCUUCAUUUCUCUGAUGACGCUUGUACACAGCACAGGGUCAUGCCUGGCGUCGCUACUUUGAAAAAAUUAAUCAAUUAUGAGUGAAGUCGUUGUAAUUAAUUGGCAUUAAUUGGCCUCUGACAACGCUCUACGGAAAACAUGGCAAAAAUGCUUUAGUGAACAAAUAGUAUCUCAAAUAAUCGCAAUUGUGCUGCAAGUAUGUAUUGCCUCCCCCCUCCCUUUGUAUUCUCUGUCUGUCUG